ACUCUCUUCCUCUGCAGCAUAGAAUUAUCUGUUCCAGCACAAUGCCAGAGGGUCCUGAACUCCACUUGGCCAGCCUGUAUGUUAACAAGAUGUGUGAAGGAGUGGUCUUCAGUGGACCAGUUGUAAAAUCUGAGGUCAGCAAAAGCCCUGAUGUGUCCUUCAACUGUGAGUCGUACCGCAUCACAGCUUCUUCGAGAGGAAAGGAAGUCAAGCUCACACUAACACCAAUUAAGAGUGACGAUGAUGGAAAGCGGCGAUCGAAGGUCACACAAACAGAUCAACCCAUGGACAUAGUCUUUCGUUUUGGGAUGUCUGGUUACUUCCGCUUUACCUCAGAGGAUGAGGUGCCAAAACACGGCCAUCUCCGUUUCUAUACCAAGGAAAAGCCUUGCAGGGUACUGAGUUUUGUAGACGCACGCAGGUUUGGCAGCUGGCAGCCCAACGGAACCUGGCAGCCUGACAGAGGGCCUUGCAUCAUGUUUGAAUACAAAAGCUUCAGGUCUGUAAUAGGGCUGCAACUAACGAUUAUUUUAAAAAUCGAUCGCCGUUUUUUUCCUUUUUGUCUUAGGUUGAAUAUCCCACCAUUUCUGUGUGCACGGGAUGCACUGGAAGGCCUUGAGUUGGAGGAUGAAUUUGAGAACAAGAAGCCUUUGAAAAAGGAGCCUACAAAGACAGAGAUCCCAGACAGAGCUAAAAUGAAAGGGAAAACACAGGGAAUGGGUGACCUGCUCAGACUCUGUCAUACAGUUCCUUUAGAGGUGGUCAGCCUAGGUGGUAAGGGCUACGACCCUGAGAAGGUGGACUACUCUGCCUUCCAGGCGUGGCUGCAGUGUUACUAUGUGGAUGGAAUGAAAUCAGUUCGGGACCACAAUGGCAGAACAAUGUGGUUUAAAGGAGACCCAGGGCCUAUGGCACCCAAAGACUCAAAAUCACCCAAGGCAAAAAAGAGGGCAAAGAAAGGCGAUGACCAUGAUUAUACAGCCAAGAAAAAGGUGACCAAAAGUGUGAUGGAGAGCACAAUGAAAAGGAGGGCGGUGAAAAAGGAAAUGCCAAAAAAGGAAACUGUACAUGUGAAGGACACUGUAUCAAAGAAAGGAAAUGCCGAAAAGAAGCAGGAAGGUAUCCAACAGAGGAAAACCAGAGAAAGCACACGCGAAAGGAAAAGCAGCAGUGCACAACCUCCUGGAGGCAGAGAGACACGAAGUGGGAGAGCAACCAGAAAAAACAGCAAAUAAAGUUUCAAUCAAACCGAUCCACGAAGGAAUUUUACUCUUCAAAAAUGUUUUUUUUUUAAACCAAAUAAACCUUUUUUACAAAAGCAUUUAUUUAUUGCAAAGUUGUCACAUCAUUCUACACCAAAUAUGUCCAAUUUCUAAACCCUGAAUC